CAAACUCCCAUAACCCUCCUCCGUCAUUGAAAUGGAGUGCCUUCAGGCAGCAUUUUGGCUGCUUUUCACAGGCACAAUGGUCGUGUCGCAGUCAACAAGGACGGAUGUCUACUCAGAAAUGCCCGCUGAGGUACAACAGUGCGUUGCCCAACUGACAAACGGCACAAACGACGGAGCGAAAGUCUCGGAGGAAGCUCACAUCCAAUGCAUGCAGCAAUUUGUCUGGAAGGCGGACAGAAAACGCUGGGAUGGAGCUGUCAAUAUGACUGAUAAGGAAACGGAAUUCAUAAAUGAUAUCAUCAGAUCCGUGUUUAAACGCGGUCCUGGGUCGUCUAGAUCGAAGCGAGAGGUAGGCCCAGGUAUAUUUCCACCGACCGGAUUUAGAAUACGAAAGGAGUACCGACGUCUGACAGACUUUGAGAGAAUGGCUGUACAUGAUGCAUUUAAUGGUAUUAAAAAGAAUGGAGGAUAUACUGCUUUUGCUAAACUUCAUGUUAUUGUGAUAGCGUCCGCUCACAAGGGACCUAACUUUCUGGGUUGGCAUCGUGUUUAUCUAGCCAUGUUGGAAGAAUCCUUAAGACGAAUUAACCCAAUGGUUUCACUACCCUAUUGGGACUCAACACUAGACAAAAACAUGGCCAACCCGGAAAUGACUAUUAUAUUUACACCACCAUUCCUGGGAAAUGGCGACGGGUAUGUUGUAACUGGUCCAUUCAGGCACUGGCCUACCGUGACUGGACCACUUGCUAGAAAUAUUGGGGCGAACAGUGUGCUCUAUUCAAAAGAAUUUAUUGCUAGAAUGAUGACCCGAUGUCGUACGGCAGAAAUCACAUUUCCAACAGCUGCCGAAGCGUUUGAUAUUGAGCACGCCCACGGUGGUCCUCAUAACUGGGUUAGCGGACAGAUGAGCAGCUUAGCCACGGCAGCCGAGGAUCCCGUGUUUUUCAUGCACCACGCAUUUGUAGAUUAUCUCUGGGAAAAUUUUCGAAUUCACCAGAUGUUCGAAUGUGGAGUAAACCCGGCGACAGAUUACCCUCCGGCCGUAGGCCUUCACCACCCAUUACGACCAAUGGAUGGCUUUCCCGGACAUCGUAGCAUUGACGGCUAUGCGAGCUAUUGGACACAAUUCUGGUACCGAUAUGAAAGAUCACCAUUUUGUUCGGGUGCAAUGCCCUUCUGUGGAUCACCUUAUCUUUGGUGUGAUGUUAAACGAGGAAGAUGCGUUUCUGCUGCUAGAAUGGCGCCAUUUAGCGACGGAAUGGGAUCUCCUUUGAGUUCUGCAGGAUACGCUGCCAGCCCGGCGGCGGCCAAUGCAAGGGCAAUAGCUGCCCGAGCCGCCGGCACAGGUCCCAGGUUCUCUGCUCCACCAGCUGAACCUCGAACACAGGCCGGUCGGCUGGGUGUGGCUCGGGUCCGGCGAGACGCACCAAACGACCAAACACACAAUGGAACGUAUGACAGAUACGACGUUGCGAUAAGCUCGGAGCGAAAUGGUCAUUUGUUCACGCAUGCUGAGCCAUUUCCACUACUCCCCGUGCCGUACAUAGGAACAGUCCAGACACGCAAACAGCUGUCUUCGUCGAAAGGUACGACUGACAAUGUAGCCAAGCAAACUGAAUCUGACUGGUUUUAUGUUCCAAUACGCGUGAUGAAUAAGAUUAACAUUGAAAGAACAUCUGGAAACCUUCGAUGUCACAGGGGAAAACAGAUUAAAGUAAUAGCCCAGGGUUUGAAUUACUUGGAAAGCUUUGUUGAUUAUCCAGGUAUAACCGCGAAAUCACCUAUUUCAACAACAGUCGCCAUUCUAGCAGUACGGGUUCCCCAAAUUGGACCGUCGGAAGCUAUGAUCACUGCUGUUCAUAGUUGCGGUUAUUCAUGCAAACCAUCUUGCUUAAAGAUUGAUGGUGGACCAGCAGAGUACCAGCCAUGUAAUGGUAUUCUUGUUAUCAAACCUGGCGAGCUGGACCUAUUCAGUCGGAGCUACCAAGGAGCAGUAAAGAAAAUGGACGGACUUGUUUCGGACAAGCAAAACAAUGUACGAAUGGUAUUCCAUUGCGACGAAGCAAUAAAAUCGAGGAAUGCUUGGUCUUCUCAUAGUAGCAAUUAAACACCUACACAUUUGAUACUGAUGAAUUAGAUUGAAGCAUUUGAAUUGGAAUAUUGUUUUAACAACCUUUUAGCAAUCAUCAUGAAAUAAAUUUUUAUCGGAUUCUUGCAAAUGAAGAUUAAAUUUAUAUAGAAAAUAAGAACUAUUUCUACCCAGCAAA